GCGUUGUCUGAGUAACCUAGCCGCUGGGUUUGUUCCUUCACGGCUGAUCCCAGGUUCUCACUUGUCGCCACCCUUCCGUAGUUCACUGGCCUGAUGGCGGCGGCUGCACCGAUGGGCCAGGCGCAGGUUCACAUGAACUCAGAAGUUAUUAUGGACCAUAUACAGGUGAGGGGAGAAUGUCCAUACUCUCACAGAUCCCACCCCACCCAACAUGCUCUCCAGGAUUGUGGUGUUAUAUAGAACACUUUCCUGCUACUCUCCGAUCUCUUGGGUCUGAGGACUCUGGAGAAGCCCCAAGCCCAGGGUCCUGAGUCUGGGCCAGGGGUUUUAUGGAGGGGUUUCCAUUUCUGCCAACCACUGGAAUAUGGUUGGAAGGUUGUUCCAGGCACAGGAACCAGUCUGUGCAAAUACUUAGAGGGGCAGGUGAACUUUGAGGACGUGUUCGUGUACUUCUCCCAAGAGGAGUGGGUGCUCCUUGAUGAGGCUCAGAGGCUCCUGUACCGUGAUGUGAUGCUGGAGAACUUUGCACUUAUGGCCUCUCUGGGUUGUUGGCCUGGAAUGAAGGAUGAAGAGAUACCUUUUGAGCAGAGCUUUUCUAUAGGAUUGUCACAGAUCAGGAUUCCUAAGGGAAGUCCUUUUACUCAGAAGGCUUACCCCUGUGGGACAUGUGGCCUGGUCUUAAAAGACAUUUUGCACUUGGCUGAGCACCAGGAAACACACCCAGGGCAGAAACCAUACAUGUGUGUCCUGUGUGGGAAACAGUUCUGGUUUAGUACAAACCUUCACCAGCACCAGAAGCAGCACAGUGGAGAGAAACCCUUUAGAAGGGAAAAGAGCAAGGCCUUUCUUGUGAACAACUGCCCUGUCCAAUCAUCAGAGAUGUCUUUUGUGACAGAGGCUUGUAAGGACUUCCUAGCCAGCUCAGGCAUUUUCCAGCACCAUGUCCCUCACAAUGAAUGGAAGCCACACAGCAGCACCAAGUGUAAGGAGGCCUUUCACCGUGGAAAAAGGCAUUACAAAUGCAGUGAAUGUGGGAAAACCUUUAGCCGCAAAGACUCACUCGUUCAACACCAGAGAGUCCACACUGGAGAAAGGCCUUAUGAGUGUGGUGAAUGUGGGAAAACCUUCAGUCGCAAACCCAUACUUGCUCAGCACCAGAGAAUCCACACUGGAGAAAUGCCUUACGAGUGUGGCAUUUGUGGGAAAGUUUUUAAUCAUAGUUCUAACCUGAUUGUACAUCAAAGAGUACACACUGGAGCAAGGCCUUACAAGUGCAGUGAAUGUGGGAAAGCCUAUAGCCACAAGUCUACACUUGUUCAGCAUGAGAGUAUCCACACUGGAGAAAGGCCUUAUGAGUGCAGUGAAUGUGGAAAGUACUUUGGUCACAAAUACAGACUCAUUAAACAUUGGAGUGUUCAUACUGGAGCAAGGCCUUAUGAGUGUAUUGCAUGUGGAAAGUUCUUUAGCCAAAGCUCUGACCUUAUUGCACAUCAAAGAGUUCAUAAUGGUGAAAAGCCUUAUGUGUGCAGUGAAUGUGGAAAAGCCUUUAGCCACAAACAUGUCCUCAUUCAGCAUCAUAGAAUUCACACUGGAGAAAGGCCAUAUAAGUGCAGUGAAUGUGGGAAGGCCUUCAGGCAGAGAGCUUCCCUCAUCCGACAUUGGAAAAUUCACACUGGAGAAAGGCCUUAGGCUGGAAGAUAGAUACUCCAUUUUUUUUGUUUAACAUAAUAACUGACCCCAGAGAGAAGCGCCAAGAGUAGCAGUCUUUAUGUGUAGCCAGUAGCCAAAAGUAGAACUUUAUACACUCAAACACUCACUCUAGGGAGGUUCUUCUGAGUGCCAGCUAUAUGGGAAGCUUUCUGGAGCUAUGCUGAAUUUUCUAGACCCUUGCUGGAAUUUCAUCAAGGUAGUGCCUCUGAUAGAAGCCAUCUGUCUUUGUGCUGGAAGAGUCCUGCAUUGUGCAAAAGUAACCCUAAUGUGCUUCAAAAGGCAGGCCUCUGUGCUUCUCCCUUCCCUUGAGGGAAUCAUCAGUAGCCUGUGGCCAUCAAGGAUUCUCACUUUUAUCUGCCCCACAACUGGUUGAAGCAUGAGCAUGACCCAGUUUUAGCCAGAAAGAUAGGAGCUUUGUUCUGCUGACCACUAGCAGAGGGUUCCCUUCUUCAUGGAUAUGGUUGAUCUCACAUGGCACUUCUGAUUGAUUUGUCCGGGCUCUAAGACAUCUAAUCUGAAAUUGGCUGCCUCAUAUUCUGGUUUUGCAACAAAUGCCUUAAUUUUUAGACUACCAUAAAUCUUGGGGAUUCUGUUCGCUAUGUGGGUUAGGUUUAGAACAGAAUUGGGCUAAGCCAGUAUGAAGGGAUGAACAGCUUUUGUGAGAGCUCCAACUAUUUGUAUCUCUGAGGUGAUAGUAGGAUGGCAAAGAAUAUCUCUUGUUCUACUGUCAGCCUAACUUGCUUUGCUGCUUAAGGAAAGAAUGCCAGUCUUUGCAGACCUAAUCUUUUGGUCUGUAUGUCAGGAUUUUUGCGUAAUUGAGGUCACCCUAAGCAGUGGGCAUUUGUUGUGAUAAUCUCUGCUGUAUCUGGGAGCAACGUGAAUUAGGUCCCUUUUCCCCAGAAGAUAUUUCUUAUUCUCAAGGCUUCUUAAGGAGAAUUUGAACUCAUGGGACCUGUCAAGGUCUCUGAAAUCUGUUUUUCAGUAGGAAGUUGACACUGGCUGUCCUCCAAAAGGCCCAGGUAGGAAUCAUAAUUGGUGCAGAGACCCAAAUUAUUAAGGGGAUGGGAAAACUGCAGCAAACCGUAAGGAAUAUGACCCUUCUAAAGGUACAUCCACAUGUGUUUCCAUUACUCUGGCUCUACUAUGAGGGUUUACAGAAAUAUUCCCAUACCUGUGUCUCUUAUGGCUAAGAUUACUGUCCAGAAGUCAGUCUAAACAUUUUUGCAAUAAACUGCACAUAUUUACAGUG